UUUAUUAGCUUACUCUGUACAUGUGGUGUUAAAUAAGGAGUUAUAUUAUUAAUAUUAAUAUGCGCAUUAGCGGCAACGAAAAAAAUAUUUUAUAUUGUAAUAAUUUAGGUUUUUUAAGGACGACUGCUUCUUGUGGAUUCAUUUGCGUCUAAUUAAAACAGGUUUUACUCGUUAAAUAUAAAAUAAAAAUGGAAUUGUCCAGACUAACGCCACGGUCGAUCACGCAGCACGUUAUUUAUUAGAUUUUAGUAGGCUUAAAAUUCACAGAACCGGUCUGAGUGUUGUCGGUAACAAAAUCAUGCCGUUGUUUACGAUAUUGAAAAGACUUUGUCGAAACGUCGUCGGCAGUAGGCGUGUGCGAUGAUAAGAUAAACUAUAAUACUAUAUCACGAUUGAGUUCAUAACUUCAUCUUCGGACUAGAAGCCAGGCAGUCUUAUUUAAUCGGUCAAUGAUGGACGACAGUGUUGUGGCAGAGUUGGAGAAAAUCCAAAAGAACGGAAGCGAACAGCCUGUUCUUUUCGACAAAGACGAUUACUACAAGACAGAACGGUCACCAUUUAAAAGACAGGCGUUGAUCUGUUUGGGCGUGUUCAUGUUGAAUCUUGCAGCCGGGUCUACGGCUGGGAUAGCCGCCGUCCUUAUACCACAACUGACUAAUGAUUUAGGAAGGAACAAAUUCACUACCGAAUUGGAGUCAUGGGUAGCGGCUAUCUCUUGUUUGGCCUUGUUCUUCGGUAACCUGAUGUCAGGAUAUUUAAUGGAAAGAUUUGGACGACGGAUUUCCCUCCUCUUUGUAUCACUCUUCUUCCUAUUAGGGUGGUGUAUAAUUGGAUUUGCGAACAAUAUCCUACAUUUAGUUCUUUUUGGAAGAUUUAUAACCGGCAUAUGUCAAGGCUGGCUUGGUCCCCUCGGGCCAGUUUAUGUUGGGGAAAUUACUACACCGAUUUAUAGAGGCUUUUUCUUAGCAUCACUAUCUUUGGGAAUCGCAGUUGGUGUUUUUUUAUCACACUUAUUUGGAACUUUCCUACAUUGGAGUUACGCCUGUCAGCUUUGUGGUCUAUUCCCACUCACGGCUGGAAUCAUUCUUUUCUUCGCGCCGGAAUCACCCGCAUGGCUUGCCUCAAUCAACAGGAUUGACGACUGCAUAUCAUCUUUCCAAUGGUUCAGGGGUGCAAGCCCGGCCAUGAAGCUAGAACUUGAGAAAAUGCUAGCAGAACAAUCAAGAAGAGACAAAUCGAAAAGCAAAUUUGAGACCCUAAAAGAAAAUAUCAAGAAACCUGAAUUCUGGAAACCCUUGUGCAUCAUGGUUACGUUCUUCGCAAUCACUCAGCUUUCAGGAGUAAACGUAAUAUGUGCUUAUAGCACUGAUAUGAUGAAAAAGCUUAUGGGUAAACGCGCGAAAGAUUCUCACGCUUACGCUGCGAUGUUAAGUAUAGACGUUUUAAGAUGUGUGUCAUUAAUUAUUGCAUGCAUCUUACUUAGAAGGUCAGGUCGUCGACCUAUGUCAUUAUUUAGUGGUGUGUUCACGUCUUUGUCACUACUUGGCUUAGCCAUUUAUUUAUAUCUUGUUGAAAAGAAUAUAAUUCAUCAUAUAUCACCGUUCAUAUCGCUUAGCUUAAUAGCAUUUUAUAUUGUAGUCUCCAAUAUGGGUAUAUCGCUUUUGCCCUGGAAUAUGGUUGGAGAAGUAUUUGCCGCAGAAACAAAGGGAAUAGGGUCUGGUAUUAGUGUAAUGAUGACUUCAAUAUCUUUCUUUGCUACAGUAAAGACUGCGCCGGCUAUGUUCGAAAGUAUAGGGCAUCAUGGGACAUAUAUGUUUUAUGGGUUAUCGACAACAUUCGGUACCUUAUUCUUAUAUUUCUGUUUACCGGAAACGAAAGAUAAAACUUUACUGCAAAUAGAAGAGUACUUCAGAUAUGGCAAGAAACGAAAUACGACCGAAAAGGAUGUCAUUGAUAUUUGAAUGUUGAGAUUUAAAGAAAAUUCUCGGUAAUUGUUUUUAACAAAAUGGUCUCAUUUUACAAGUACUCGUCUAAAAGGUGAUGACCUUUUGCAGUGUCCAUAUUUAACUUGAAGCAUUUGUUAUGCUCAAAACAAAUUAAUAAUUAGUUUACGUAACCCAGAUAGAUAUGCGUGUGCUGAUUAAUUUCGUUUGUAAUAAUUGACCAGUAUUGUGACAUUGCUAUUACUCUAUUAUAUUAUUUACGUUUAGAUUUUUUGUCAUCUAUAUUAAAACUUUAUAUUUAGAUAGAAAAAAGUAGAUCUCUGAAAACUAUAAUAAUAGUUAUGGACGUUCCACUAAUUUAUUUACGUAAAACUAUGUAAAGAAGAGUAGUAAGGUAACAAAAUACCAACGAUUUUCUUAAAUGGAACUGUAAUUUUACUUAAAAUAUGGGUUUAAAUUCGAAAUAAUUAUUUUCGUAGAUUUUUUUUCGUAACUUUGUUCGCGCACUUAUCAUUCAAAUAGUCAUUACUGGUAUUUUAUUGAAUAUACAUAAAAAAAUCAUGUUUUAAAUAUAAGUAACUAAUGUAUACAAUAUAGCACUAUCAUUUACUAGUCAAGUUCACUCAAAUAGAUGAAUUUUUAUAACAAUA